AAAAAAUUAUUUACAGAAAUUAUGCUUAAUUAUGGCUUAAAGGCUGGCUACACUCCUGGUAGAAAUAUGUCAAGGUAUUACAGUAGGAAGGUUACAAGAGGACUGGGUACAAGGUAUAACAAGGAAGUGUUACACAAAGUACUACCCUACCAGGUGUUCAUGGGAUUGCAUUUGUAGCAUGCGCAUGAAAAAGCAUGCGGUUCUUGAACGCAUUCACUGCUUGAGGAGGACAAAUUUAUCGUCGAGGAAUUGGACGAAAACGCUUUCCGUUUAGAAACAUUUGAACCAUGGCCGCCCCAUCGGAUAAGGAUAAUGAAGAACGUCUGAAGAAGCUCUUUGUUGGUGGCUUGAAGAAAGAUACUCCGGAUGAAACUUUAAAGGAGUACUUUCUGGCGUACGGUGAGUUAUCAGACUGUGUUGUAAUCCGCGAUGGUAACACGAAAACGUCCAGAGGAUUCGGUUAUGUCACGUUCAGUAAACAAGACGACAUUCUUGCGGUAUUAAAAGACAAGAAGGAAAAGGGACCCCAUUUCAUUGACGGGAAAGAAGUUGAAGUAAAACGAGCCAUCCCGAGAGAUGAUUCGAGCUCAACAGCGCAUCUCAAAACAAAGAAAAUCUUCAUUGGUGGCUUAGCAGAUGAAGCAACCGCCGAAGAUAUCAAGCAAGCUCUUGCUGGCGAGAUUCGCGGCACUCUUCCAACCAACGUUGACUUGAUCAUGAAGAAAAACGAUGAUGGCACUCCUUCAACCAGGCAUCGCGGUUUUUGCUUUGUCGAAUUCGAGGACGAGGACAUUGUUGAUGAACUUUGCUGCAUCAAAAAAGUCAACAUCAGUGGGAAGGUAGUGGAAAUCAAGAAAGCCGAGCCCAAGGACAAGGACAAAGGUGGCUCGGGGGGACGCGGUGGACGCGGAGGUGGUCGUGGGUCGUUUGGAGGUAGUCGCGGUCGUGGUGGCGGAGGUGAUUUUGGAGGCGGUGGGUAUGGCAAUUACCAUGGCGGCUAUAAUGAAUCUUAUGGUUAUCAUGGUGGUGAUUAUGGCUAUAAUUACGGUCCCUAUGGCGGUGGAGGUUAUGAUGGUUAUGGCGGCAUGGGUAUGGGUGCCUACCAACAAGGACCAUCAAGUUAUGGCCCGCAAGGCGGUUAUGGUCAAGGUGGUGGAGGAGGACGAGGAGGAGGACGCUAUAAGCCAUAUUAGAAGAACAGGUUUCGUUGCAUUUGAAGUCUAAGUCGACAUAGCCAGACAUUAGUUACACUAAGGCACCAAGGACCUAGGGUACAGAAGAAUCACAGUGUUGCAGUUACAGUGAAUCAACCAGAUAAGAUGCAGUAUAGCCUACUCCAGAAUUGCAGACAUCUUUAUAGACCAGGACUAGAACAAGUCACGGCAUUUUAACAGGAAACACUUCUAUAACUACUCCUUCUAGUUGACUGCAACAGCAGAAAUUUUCUUGCUAUCUUUCUUUGUGAUUUUCUAUGACCAUAGUUCUAUUUCACAUACAGACUCAGUGACUGGAACAUGCAUCAUAGGCAUGUGGCUGUAUUUGAAAUAGACAUGGCGAAGGUGGCAAUUGUUGUAGUCUAUUGAGGAGUGUAGUUUAUCACUCUUCCACUUUUAUUUUUUAUUGCAAUGUAUGCACAACAUGACCAUUAUUGAUGCUGUUUGGGUUAAGAAUAAAAUGCUUGAUCUUAUUGGAG